AUGGAGGUGGCCGAGAGCAGAGAAGCCAUUUCCGUUGGUCCGCCAACUGGGGCCGACUCUGCCGCCACCAAUGGCGAACACAAUCCUUACCUCGAUGAUUCGCUUAUUGAUGAUGACGGAAGAUCGAGUAGUCUCAGUGAAAUUGAUGACCUCUCCGAGAACAUUCCGUCAGAUUAUGAGUCUCCCAAGCCUGAGAAAGUAGCCCCGGACAACGACUCCGAGGCGGAGACCGAGCGAAUUGAGGAUUCUCCCAACAACCUUCGCUCCAGAACAAACAUUGUCGUGAGCGCAAGCGCAAGCAAUUACGGGCCCAGCCCCAGCAAGUUGGCUCAAUCAACCACGUACGAUGACGUCGAAGACGACGACGACCAGGUGGCCGAUGAUUCUCCCAGCAAGCCUCGCUCGAAAAACAAUCGGGUCACUGAACCCGCUGACGAAAUUCCAAGCAUGGAAGAAUCCGCUCUAUCGGAAAGCUUUAAUAAGAAACGGAAACGACUCGAAUCUGGGGACGACGUGAGCGCCGAGAUUGACGAAGAAGAUGAACCCCCUCAGAAGCGUCGCGGCUCUUUGAAGAGCGAAUUAAGCGAUCCACCGGCGGAGGACAUUGUCCUGUCCCCCGAACCCGUGGAAGAAGCUUCAAAACCCCACGAGGAUGAUCCACCUGCUGAUGACGUACCUGAAUCAGACUUGCCCGCACCUCUCGCCAAGGGCAAAAAGGCUAAGAAGGGCAAACGAAAAACACGGAAGACCAGGGAUGCCGAUGAAGAUGUUGACGGUGCCGCUGAAACCGGCGCGGAAGGUGGUGGCGACGAUAACCUUGGAGAUGAUGAUGUGGAGCGUGGUGAAGAAGCAGACGAUGGCGAGGCAGCCGCCAAGCUCGAAGAAGAAUCGGCGAAGAAAAUGUCUGCUAUGGAAUCGCUGGCGGUUCUGGAACGUGAAUUUGCAACGCUACGUGACAAGAUCUAUGACGAAAGAAUUUCUAAACUAAAUCGCGAAUUGGAUAUGCUUACCGGACCCAAUCCAACACACCCGGAAUUCUUGCGGCAGCUUGAGUGUGUUCAGCGAUAUAGGGAUUCUAAGAUUAAGUACGAACACACGCUGUUCCAGUACCGAAUAAAGGCUCUCCUGAAUAAGAGCUUAGCCGAGCGGGCCCAAUCGCACAGCAGCUACUUCCAACGAGCUCGCGAUAUCCGUGAAAGACAUUCGAGCUCCAUCAGCAAACAGUUCUACUCCAUCCAACAUGAUCGAUUCAAGACCGACGAGGUCAGCCCGCAGCAUUACAUUCCCUUUCCUACUCGACGCUCGCAGCAAAUCGCGCAGCAGACCGCAUACAACCAAGAGGUCUCAGUCAUGGCCGGUGUCGCAAAAUAUGUUGGCUUUCCGGCGGCGCCUUCGUUACCAGCCGCGCGACCCACCGAGCUCGACGAUGAUUUGGAGAAGAUGGGCAUUUCUAUUGAAUCGAGGAUCCCUAUUACCCACCCUCAAACAAAUGCCCCUCCACGCGGAACGAUGUCGGCAAUGUCCUCGAAUGCAUUUCGUACCGCCGAGGAAGCGUUUUUGGAACAAACUCCUUGGGCGAACCCGCAGCACCCUAUCCACCACCACCAUCAUCAUCACCAACAGCACCAACACCAGCAGAUAUCCCAACGGCCACAGAGUCGAGUAUUUGAGGACUCCCGGGCCCCAGCGUACACAACCCCAGCUGCUCAGAAGCGAGUCGUGGACAUCAAUGCGCCCAAUGGAUCGGCGUCUACAAUUGCAGAGAACCUGUCGGCCGCCAAUUCCUCAACAAACAAUACCCCCUACGGCACGGAGCAGGAACCGCCGCACCAAAAACUCGGGCCAUUUGGAAAUCCCGAGUAUGAUCCGGACCGACGGACUGGAUUCCGAUCGCUCAGCUCCUCGCCGCUUGACGUACGAAAACCGCACCCAUCUGCAUACGGUGGUACGCUCGAUCAUCGGUCGCCUCAAGGUGCUUCGCGAAAUGCCUAUUCACCACCCCCUGCACGACUUGGUCUCUUCCAUUCAGCCGGUCCGAACUCGUCGCCUCCUUUGUCAUCAAAGCCGGUCAAUUCCAUGCAUCAAUCAGCAGGAUUACUAGGCGGGUCAGGCUCAAAUUCGAUGGCAGCACGAUAA